CUAUAAAAGGCAAAAGGUCUGCGGUGGCAGUCAGAUCUCCAGCUUCCUACACACUGCCAUGGGUCACCUUAAGCUGUUAGCCCUGUUCAUGGUGUACCUGCUGCUGCUGAAACAGGUGGGACCAUCUCCCUUGCCCCAGCAGAGCUCAGUCCAGAGAAUAAGAAGGAUGACCCCCUUCUGGCGAAGUCUCUCUCUCAGGCCCAUUGGGGCAUCUUGUCGUGAUGACUCUGAAUGUAUCACAAGACUAUGCAGCACAGAACUGAAAAGAUCACCUUCUUCGAGGUUUGCUGUAAAGGAGGGAGUACUGAUGCUGUCAACAACAAUCACGGAUAAGCCGCCUGGCGAGGCGGAAGCCACAGGUCUGCUUCCUGAAGCAGGAUUGAAAGGGACGGAAGAAAAAAAGAUCUUGACAGUUGAAGGCAGUGGCUGUGAAGAACGGUUCCAUCUCAAGAGGUUGGGGUCCCUAUGACCUAGCUCAGCCAGGCUAUGUUGAGGCUCCCAGGAUGAAAAAAGCAUUGUUGGACAUGCCUUUGGUUGUACAUAAAGGGUAAAAUGUUAACUAAAUCACAUAUGUAUGACAGAAGGCAGACAAAAUCAGUCUUUAAUGAACUAUGUGAUCUGAUUAAAUAGCUGUAUUUCUAAGAUGAUCUAUACAUUAAAGGUUAGAUCCGUC